AUGGCCUGCAUUUCUGCUGUAGUCCUUGUGGAUGGUUUCCAGCACGGCGACGAGGAGUUCUUUACCAAAGCGCUUGCCUUUGGUUCUGUACGGCAUCAGACCUUCAACCUCCGCCGCUUCGAUUCCACAGCACUCCUAUUACAAUCUCCCCAGGCCAUUGCCACGUACCGGCACCAGUCCCGCCUUCAUGGCUGGGAAAUCAACUCCACUGGCCUUCCGCAGUUCAGGGUGAGUACCGCAUUACUGGCUUAUAUCCAGGACAUGCUCCUGGACAAAUUCGAACAGGGACGUCCAGUUCCCGCGGCCUUAACCCUUUGGGUGAAAGGGUUCCAACAGCAUGCCUUUUUCCUGGACCUCGUGGCUUGA